CCAGAUUAGAUUUUGGUGCCCUGGUGGGAGAAGAGAGGAGAGAGAGGGAGAGAUUGCAAGGGAGAUUUUAAGGAUCAAUAAUUAAGGAGAAUUAGGGUUUCUCUCGCUGUAGUUGCCGGGAAGCGAAUAUGUCGAAGGACGAGAAGAAAGUGACCUUGAAAAGCUCAGAUGGAGAGGUUUUUGAGGUCGAAGAGAGCGUUGCAGUAGAAUCUCAGACCAUUAAGCAUAUGAUUGAAGAUGAUUGUGCAGGUAAUGGCAUCCCUCUCCCGAAUGUUUCGAGCAAGAUCCUUGCUAAGGUUAUAGAGUAUUGCAAGUACCAUGUCGACGCUCAAAAAGUCACAGAGGAUAAGACCCAGGAGGAGGAGAUCAAGAGCUGGGACGCUGAGUUUGUCAGGGUCGAUCAGGCCACCUUGUUUGAUCUCAUUCUGGCUGCAAACUAUCUGAAUAUCAAGAACCUUCUCGACCUGACUUGCCAAACUGUCGCCGACAUGAUCAAGGGCAAGACUCCUGAGGAGAUUAGGAAGACCUUCAAUAUUAAGAACGAUUUCACACCAGAGGAAGAGGAAGAGGUCAGGAGGGAGAACCAGUGGGCCUUCGAGUAGAGAAGAAAAGCUUAUCUUGUUUGUUUAUACAUAUUUUACAUACCGCUGUUGUUCAUCUACUGCUGUUUUUGGACAAGGGUACUUUUAAUUUGUAGUGACUUUUCAAUGUGCUGGUGAAUAGAACCAUCCUUUUGCUGCAAUUUCUAUUUGUGGGGACAAUACUGUUUAGGUUUUCAGUGCAGAAGAAAGUCCUCUUGAUGUUUA